GGCUGUUUAAUUUGCUCCAAAAAGAAAAUCAAAACAAGAAAAUCCAAACACCAAACCAAACAGCACGCACAGAAGAGCAGGUGUGUCUCCGACCCUUGGGAAAACAAAGGACAGAGGCUGAGGCAAGAGUUGACACUUGGAUGGGAAAUUUCCUUCCCAGCACAGGAGGACAAGUUUGGAGAAGACUCAAACAAGACCAGCACUUGUUGUCCUUACAGGCUAUACAGCAAAGUAGCUGGACAAAAUGUCGUCCCCUAGUACUGCAGGUCUCCAGUGCCUAUUUCUGCUGGCCACAGCAUGCUACCAGACAUCACAGGACUCAAACUUUGAUCCAUUCAUGCAGUACGUAAUUGACAGUGCACUGGGAGAGGAAAGCUUCCAGUCAGACACGCAAAGGCAGAAGCGAAACAUUCUUAUUUUUGAUCUUCCCCCUCUGGAGUACACUGUUGACGUUGAAGUUAGCCUUAUGGAUUCAACUUUUCUGGAGCCAAUCAAAGAAUAUUUCAAAAACCUUAAUCUUCCAGUUUCAACAAAUAUUUCAAAUGUAGAAAUGACAGUUUCAAACAUCAACACUACAACAGUCUGUCUGCCCAGAGCUGAGAACAGCAGCUGUUGUUCUUGUGAAAAUGGAUAUGCAUGGCCAAGUGAGGUGUGCAAUGACUUGAUAACCUGCCCUUUUGUCAGCCUAGCACCUGACCUGUCCUGUGGCUACAUGAAGGAAAUGCCUUUCUAUGGACCUUACUGUCAGCCUCAGACUGAAGAUUCAUGUGGCAUGGGAGAGCCCAUUGUAAUGAACAUGUCAGUCAGACUGGACACAGACUUUAGGGAUGAUCUCACAGAUUCCUCUUCAGACUUACAUAAAAAAUACAAAGCUGACCUUGAAAAAGCGUUUAAUGCUAGCUACAGAUGUUUACCAGGCUUUGUAUCAGCAACAGUAACUGGUUUCAGUCCCGGAAGUGUUGUUGUGAACUACGAAGUGAAAGCAGGAGUGGCAAGCUUCAAUCAGAUAGCGAAUUCCAACAAAGUUGUAUCACAAUUCCUAGAUGAAUCCUACCGAAUAAAUCAAACGACCUUCACGACAGAAAUCACCAAUCAGACAAAGUUCAUUGUGCGUCCUGCAGACAUUUUUGAGGGGGAUACUGUAAGACUGAUUUGUGAGAUAAAUUCAACAUGUGAGAAUGUGACCUGGUAUCACUUUGAUCAGAUCAUCCCCACCAGCCUCCGGUAUUCAACAGAGAGAAAAGUUUCAAAGAGAACCUCAAGAUCAAUUCUUAAAAUUAUCAACAUUACUAUGAAGGAUUCUGGUUCCUAUAGGUGCACGUUCACGAACAGCGAACAGUUUCACACAGUGAUAUACAAGGCCACAACCACAGUAGCAGUCUCUCCACUGUAUAUCACUCCAAACUUCCAUGACAUUGAUGUUACAUGCAACAGGCCUGAAAAGCAGACAAACAGUCUUCUGCUGUCUUGUUGUAUUGACAGACACUUACCAUCACUUACUGUUGACUGGAAAGUAAAUGGACCAAUCAUGAUUACAGGAGUCUCCAGUUUAAAGGAAAACUGCACUGAAUACAAGCUCAACAUUGAUGAAUCGUUGUGCCCACCCCAGAAGUCAGGUGCAGUAACAACAUAUACGUGUGAGCUGCUGACCGGACACGGUGCCAGGCGCAGCCAAAGCAUCAGAGUGACGUAUCUCAGGAGAGCACACGUAACCCUGUCUUCAAGCACAAACUCGGCAGUUUCCGAGGGAUAUGCAUUCAACCUAACCUGUGAAAGUGAUGUGAACAAUUAUGACAGUGUCAGCUGGAAAAUCCAGUCUGGAAAUAACAUAAAAACAGUAGACUGUGACAUGUGCAUCAAAAAUAGCAAAUUUCCAGCCACGUCUGUGCUCACAGUGAAGACUGCGACACAGGACUGGAACGGAACCUACAUCUGCACAUUCUCCCAAAAGUCCUUGGAUAGUUCUGCCAAUGUUACAAUCGAGGUUGUUUCCUUGCCUCUGAAGCAGAACAUCAUGAUAGAUCCCAUCAAAGCAUCUAUGCAGUGCAAAGUGCCACAAGCCCUAGAGUGCUGUGUAAGUGCUAAUACUGUGGAAAGCUACACUGUUACAGUUGUGGUUCAACACAAAGAAUUUCAAGUCGUGAGAAAGAAAAAAGGAAAUUUGUUUUGCUACAUGUACCAUUACACAGAAACAGACUGCAGUGAAAACAUGCUCAUAGCAUAUUGCAGGUUUAAAAACCGCAUUGGACAGGAAGUCAACAGUGAAAGUAUAAGGCUGCACCUGAUACCUGAUGAGGAGGUUUCCUGCUCAGACAGAUUUGGCAUUGGAAGAGAAGGGUCUGUAUUAAUAAAGCCAUGCUGUGAUUCAAACAAUGCAGAUAAUUUUAACCGAGGCAAUAAAACUUACAAGUGCUUCAACAAAUCAUGGAAAAUGGAAAGGAAUAACUGCCUGUCUGCAGCGAUAAACAACCUGCUGAUGAGUGCUGAGUCCUUGGUCAACAGUCCUGAGGCAAAAGCAAAACUGCCUAACUACCUUGCAGAGCUUAACAAACAGAUAGGAAGUGAGCAAAGCACGAUAAGCAGUUCUCCUGCAAACCUAGGUGCAAUCGUUACCAUCCUGGAUACGAUCUCCUCUAUCCCAGCAGAUGCAGAGGAGCCCACUAUUCAAAAUUUCCUCUCCACAGUGGACUUUAUUGUAGCUGAUUCCACAUUACAAGCUUGGGAAGACCUGAAUAAAGAGGAAAUGCACAAAAGUUCUUCAUUACUGCAAUCAGUAGAAAAUUUUUCCCUCCGCCUCCAACCACUUAAUAAUACCAUUCCUUCUGUCUCAGCAAAAACUCUUCAGCUACAAGGCAUAGUUGUCACAGAAAAUAGCAACACAGAUUAUAAUAAGAACUUCAUCAGUACAGAAAACCUCACAGUUAAUGUGCACAUUCGUGAAACUGAAAUUCAGACUCUAACCCAAAAUUCAACCAUUGUCAGUGUAAUGUACUCCACCCUUGGACAUAUUUUGCCCCAGAAUAAAUUUGAGUAUGUGAAUGGCUUACUGAUAUCAACAACUAUGAGCAGCAACAGAAGCCAGAAGUUUGAUGUUAAUAUGACCUUUGCAAAGAAAAACUUGUCUCUGAAGAUGCCCCAGUGUGUCUUUUGGAACUUCACACUUGGCAAGCAUAGAGGAGGCUGGGAUACUCGUGGCUGCACAUCCAUAGAGCUAGAAGAUUAUGUCAUUUGCUCCUGCAAUCACUUGACAUCAUUCUCCAUUCUGAUGUCACCUGAUAAAUCCUCCCAGGUCAUCCUUGAAGAUUAUAUUACCUACAUUGGCCUGGGCAUUUCGAUCCUGAGUUUGGCAGCCUGCAUUAUCAUUGAAUCCUUAGUCUGGAAGUACGUGACAAACAACACAACCUCCUACAUGCGCCACGUCUGUAUAUUCAACAUAGCUACAUCACUCCUGAUUGCUGACAUUUGGUUCAUUGUCACUGCCUCCAUCACUGACCAAAACCAACAGAUGAGCAGAAGUAUCUGUUUGGUAGCCACUUUCUUCAUCCACUUAUUCUAUCUGUGUGUCUUUUUCUGGAUGCUCAGCCUGGGCCUCAUUCUUUUCUACAGACUGAUCUUCAUCUUACAUAACACAAGCAAGACCGCUCAGAAAGCAGUGGCAUUCUGUCUGGGAUAUGGGUGUCCCUUUGUCAUUGCAGUCAUCACCAUUGCUGUCACACUGCCAAAGAACAAUUAUACUAGAAAGGAUGUCUGCUGGCUCAACUGGAAGGACAGCAAAGCUCUCUUAGCCUUCGUUAUACCUGCCUUGAUCAUUGUGGCCAUGAAUUUGUUCAUCACUGCAAUUGUUAUAAUAAAAAUAUUGAGGCCAACUAUUGGGGACAGGUCAAACAGGCAGGAGAGGAACUCUUUGUUUCAAAUUGGCAAAAGUGUGGCCAUCUUGACACCACUGUUAGGCCUCACCUGGGGAUUUGGGCUUGCCACUGUCAUCAAAGACAGUCACCGAGCUUUCCACAUCCUCUUCUCUCUGCUCAAUGCUUUGCAGGGACUAUUCAUUUUGGUGUUUGGGGCUCUCUGGGACAAGAAGAUACAAGAAGCCCUGCUAAAGAGGAAUUCAACAUCCAAGUGGAGUUCACAACAAUCAAAGUCAACAUCCCUGAUCCUGGUGACACCAAUGCUUGCUAUGAGUUAUCCAUUUUCAAGAACCUUUAACAACUUAUGUGGGAAAACAGGAAAAUACAGAGUAUCUUCUUCAGAGCCAUCCACCUCUUCCUCUGAAAACACAUCCAAAUCGUAUUCUUUGCUUAACUGAGGCACUGUAAAUGCUAAAUCACAUAACUCUGAAAGGACCUCUGCCCUCCAAGACACACACAAAAAGUACCUGUGUGCCAUCAAGGAGUGGACUGCUUCAUUUGACUAAGCUGUGCCUUGGUGUAUUCUUCUGGAAUAAUCACUUCUGGUUAACAUGUAAGGAAAGGAAGUUUUGAGAGUGGAAUUUUACUGAGGCUGCCAGCCCCCAAAGAGAUGGCAAGGUGUUUCAAACCUGAAAGGAUUUGAAGGCCUUCAAGUGCUGGAAAAGACACUGAGAGUGAAGAAUUCUCAGCCUAUAAGAGGGUGCAUAGCACUAUGCAGUACUGAGCCAUGAACUGCAGUGCUAGACACAGCUGUUUCCAGGGGUUUUAAUAUUUCCUCUAUCAACUCUCUGAAUUAUUCCAAAGGCCUGUGUAGAUACACAAGUACCUCAUAGCUUCUCUCCUGCCCUCAUAUUAGAGUCUGGAAAGACCAUAGGGUAUACUGCUCUCCACUUUCUGCUUAAGUCUUUCUGGAAUGAAAGAUUCACAACUGAGAAGGUCCAGUUCUGACUUGGAUAAAAUGAAGACCGUGGUGAUUCCUGCGUGGUCUUCUUUCAGAUGGGAUGUACCAAAAGCUGUAUGGCACAUUUUUGGAGAAAAGGAAGCUUUAUAUCCAUAACUAUAGUUGUCCUUUCCUUCAUACAUAAUGUGGGAAGACAGAGAUGGUUGCUCCCCUCUACCACAAAGGGGAUUGCAUUUAUUUAAUGCAUAGUAAUAUUAAGUUUGAAAGGAGUCUCUUCAGUAAAGUCUGUUUGGGUCUCCUUUCCAAGGAGAAUCACACCUGGGGGGCUCUGAGAGUUAACUUUGUAGUGAGUAUAAACCACCAUGUACCAGGCAGGAUGAAAGGUUUUAUCUAAAUUAUUGUUCUAAUACUACAUUUGUGGAAUUUGUUAUUUCUAAGCCUGUAUAUACCUUUAAAGACAGGAAUCUUGUCUUAAGAGGAGGACUAUGUGAGAGAACCUGCAAAGUAUUUAUAGAGCACACUACAAAACAAUGUAAAGCAUGAUAGAUGGAAUCGUGAAGGUUUAUAGCUGAGGCCAGUAUCAAAUACUGCUGUCAGGUGCUACAGCUGUACACUGGAUCCCAGGACUUGGGGAUGAACCAGGAUGGGAAACUACUGGCUUCAUCUAUAGCAUAUGUGAUGGAUUGGUAUGAGCAGGCAGUGAUGAGUGAAGACAAUAAACAAGCAUCAAUCAAUUGUAUUAUUUAUACUGAAAGAAAUUUCUGCUUACUUGAAGAUGUAGAUAUAAUAUUAGAACUACAGCAGUGUUAGAAAUGAAGAAAUAUUUUUAAAUCUGGAGUCUCCUUGUAUUUCAUAGCCAGUGGAAACUUGAAAAUCAGACCUUUGCAUAUUAUUCUAACUAAAAUUUGCCUUUGGACAGACAUUUGGUCUAACUCACAUUUAGAGGAAACUUGUGCAAUAUUGACCUAUUGUAGAACAUUCCACCCACACCAAGUUAGAAUAGGCUUUACAUAAAGUGUAAAGUACGAGUCCAUGUGGGCAACACAGUGCCACCACAUCUUAUUUCUGUAGGAAUUUCAUCCCUGAAGUUUCACCACCCCUCCAGUUUAGCUAAGCCUGAGUCUUGACUGUAUGUUAAUGAGGAAUCAGGAUAUGAUGCCAAGCUGCCUGGCACUGAAGGGCCAACUUUAGAUUGGUCAUCAAAGACAAGGUCCUUGACAGCAUUACAAAAGCCAUGACAAUUCAUGAAAGAGAAGCAACGAAGAAAUUAACUGUGCUACUCUUAAAGCC